UUAAGAAACAGUAUCGCAUACUUAUCGCCUCCACACAAAUCAUAACAUUAUUUUGAAGGGGCAAUAAAUUUGCAGCAAAGAAUUGGCAAAUGGCUGAGCAACAAAAACUUUCGCUUUGCCCACGCUUGGUGGACUAUAUGGCGAUUGUGGGUGCACGCAGCACUCCGCCCAUGCCGAAGGGAUUGUCUGGCAAUAAAACGCCACCCGUGCAGAUUCCUGAGUUGUUGCGUCGAUAUCCACCAACGGAUCAUACCGACUUUCCACUUCCCCUUGACAUGGUAUACUUUUGCCAACCCGAGGGUUGCACUAGUGUAGGACCCCGCCGAACUGGGUCCGCCAUUCGCGAUAUGACAUCCUUUGUAUUUGCGCUCACUGACAAGGAUUCGGGAAAGACCCGAUAUGGCAUCUGUGUAAAUUUCUACCGGCCCAUAGAACGGCAUUCAGCUAAUGCAGAACGAGGCGCCUAUAGUGCAAACCAUGGCGCUGUUGGACUGGCACAAAGCAAACGAGGGCGACACAGCUCCGCCUUUCGACGUGAGUCCUGGCGAAAGAGCAUGGAACGCAGCUCGGAUUCUGCAUUUAGUAGGCAAGUUGAUUCUAUAGUCUCUCACUCUCAAACUCAUCCCAGCACAAGCAAACACAGUUUUGACAACAGCAACAGCAAAGCAAACCAAUCUAAUCAAUCAAAUUCGUUAAUCAUUAACUCACAUGAUGCUAAACGACGUAUUUUUUGUAAUAGUUACGGCCUCUUAACUUCUUCUAGCGACUACAGAAGUAACGUCGCUCCUAGUGAUUCGGAUCGUGAAAUGACAUCACGUCGUGAUUCGGAUCCACCGAAUCACCACCAUUCAUCGUCUUAUGGUCACACACAACAACAGCAACAUAAUCUACAACAGCAGGUGCCAAAGCUGGGUUUAAUGGCACCGUCUGCGGACUCCGAGUCGGGCGGUAGCCAUUCGCCAUCGCCACGCGCCUCACGAAAACGCACGAAGCUGCGAAAUCAGUCGCUAACUUCGCUCUGUAUCAUCUCACAUCACCCAUUUUUUUCAACGUUUCGCGAGUGUUUAUUUAUACUAAAGAAGCUGAUCGACGCCUGCAACGAGUCCUCGUCGCCAAAGCGUUUGGGUGCCUCGCAAAAGCUAAAUCGUGACAAUGUGUGGACGGUGCUCACGGGACAUGCCACAGAGGCUACCUCAUCCAUCGUGUUGCACGAUGUGCGCGAGAUCGAAACAUGGAUCUUGCGGCUGUUGUCCACACCAGUACCUGUACCUGGUUCCACGCGCGUUGAGGUUGAGGUGUUGUCGCCUACAGUACACGAACCUCUGCUCUUUGCGCUGCCAGAUCACACGCGUUUCUCGCUCGUCGACUUCCCAUUACACUUGCCGCUUGAGUUGUUAGGCGUAGAGACGUGUCUUAAAGUCUGGACGCUGAUAAUGUUGGAAAAUAAAGUACUAUUUCAGUCACGCGAUUAUAAUGCGCUCUCCAUGUCGGUAAUGGCGUUCGUCACGAUGCUCUAUCCAUUGGAGUAUAUGUUCCCCGUGAUACCGCUACUGCCGACAUGUUUGAGUUGCGCCGAACAACUGUUGCUGGCACCGACACCUUUCGUGAUCGGUGUGCCAGCAACAUUCCUAAUGUACAAGAAAAACUUUCGGUUGCCGGAUGAUAUCUGGGUGGUGGAUUUGGACUCAACAAAAUUGACACCGCCUACAGGAGGCUAUGACGAAAUUCCACCAUUGCCAGAACCUGAGGGCACCAUACUCAAGAAUCACUUGAAACAAGCUAUGCAACUUAUGGAUGAAGCUGGACUUGGUGCGCUAUCUUCUAUGUCGGCUUCCAAUCAGGCCAUAUCUGCACAACAACUUAUGCCGUCGGUACGCGACAGCCUUACAGAACCAACACUUCUAGGGGUUUCGCAAGUCCGCUUGCCACUGCAGUCGCCCACACAGUCCGCGUACGCAAGCCAACGCAGCUCAAUGUCGGCGCAGGGCAGCCACUCAAGGCAACCCAGCCCAAUGAACUCACCAGCAUUGAAUCCAUUUAUUUAUGGCACGGAUGUCGACUCAGUUGACGUCGCUACGCGAGUUGCAAUGGUUCGGUUCUUUAAUGCCCAAAAUACUCUCGCCAAUUUUGCCGAGCAUACUCGCACAUUGCGCCUCUAUCCACGUCCCGUGGUCGCCUUUCAGAUCAACAGUUUCCUACGCUCACGUCCACGUGCUUCACAGUUCCUCAAUCAGUUCGCACGCACACAGGCCGUAGAGUUCCUUGCUGAAUGGUCACUGACCCCAACUAAUGUUGCCUUUUUGCGCGUACAAACAGGCGUGAUGGAUCCAGCUCAGGUUGGGGAUAAGCCAAAAUGGUUUGCUCACCAGCUUACCCCUAUACGGUUCUCCGUAUGGGAUGAUGGCAGCUCACUAAAUGGUGCACUCCGUUCACUGAAACAACUCGAAUGCCAGCCAACGGAUGAAAGUGGUUCCGACUCCGAGGGUGCUGAAAGCUCAAGUUCCUCUUAUUCCUCGCUGAGUGACUUUGUAUCGGAAAUGGUGUCUUCAGACCUGUCGCCGAGUAACCACGAUGUUUUUGGUGCACACAAUCGCCCACAUAAUGUGCCGCAAACGCUUUCAUCAAAUCUAGAUCCAGCAUUAGUUUAUCAUCCACCAAGUACUCUACAAUACCCGGAAAGUAUGUCGCACAAAGUAGAAGUUAACGAAGAUGAAGAAGAUCAACGUGCUGAAUCGCCACUAUCGUCGUCGUCGAGUCGUUCCGAUCUGAGUUCCCCCAGUCGUGAUUCGGAAUUUGAAUUCCCAGCAAAAACUGCAGGCCCCUUUGAUUUAGCUGCACCAGCCGCAAUACGCCUGGAGGCAACAAUCAGAGCAGCAAGUGUUGAUAAAGAAGCCACAGAGUCGGGAGAACCUAAAAAGUCGCCAGUGUUGGCACACAAACAACAACAGCAACAACACCAACACAGACAUACCGGUGAAAUGGAGCACGCAGGUGUUGAAAAGAAACGUCCACCCCCAAUAACAGCACCAGUCUCCAACAUUCUCGCACGCACCGGCAGUUCUGGUUCAAGCUCAAGCAGUCCAGGGCGUCAAGGUUCACAGGGAUCACUUUUUGAGAACUUCGCCUCGCACGCAAAGGAGCUGGUGCGUGAAACGACGCGUCAAAGCAGUCAGGAGGGACUACUGGCCCAAGUGGAUAAGCAACAUUCUGUGGAAGGUAGUAUACCAGAAGAGUUUGACGAAAAAAUGCGACACACUUUUGAAAAGUUUACGCUGCACGCUAAGAAAGCUGCCGGAGAAGCAUCCAAGCAAGCUUUAGAAGUUUCCAAGCAGGCUGCUGGCGUCAGCAAACAUACCUUCGACGAUUUGACCUACGUCAGCAAGUCCACCAUUGGCGAUCUUACGAAAACUGCUAAGGAAGCGGCAACCAAGAAGGGCAUCAUUAAGAUGGAAGAUCAUAGUCAUGCACCGGGGCAGCAAAUUGCUACACAAAAACAAAUGCAAGGCUCCGGCGGCAACUUUUUUUCAUCGAUUGGCAGCGACUUCAAUGGAAUUGCCUCUUCGACGUCCACCAUGUUUUCAGGCAUGUUCGGUGGCAAAAAGAAUCAGCAAAAGCAACAACAACAACCCCGCGUACAUCAGAGUGCUGGCAACAUGCAGCAAAAAUCAAAAGCGGGUGUUAAUUUCGACCCAUUUCCAAGUCGAAAAGGUCUAGUAGAACGCACACCACUCAUCAAACACUCUGGGCCGGGACAAACGCAGGAAGACAUCACGCGGCAACAAAAUCAAGAACGCUCGCACAGUAAUUCAGAAAAUCAGACCUUUUUGAAGGAUGUCAUCACACAGGUACUAGCCGGAGAGGGUGUUGGUUGGUUGAAGAUGAAUCGUUUAAAAAAACUAAUGGAAGACGAAUCCUAUCGUACGUUGGUGCUGAGUAAACUCAAUAAAACUUUGGACAAGAAAAUUAUGCCAGACGAUCACAUAGACGAUGUGUGUGUUCCAAAACCGGUUUGGAAAGGCAUGUUAAAGUGUCUACAGGCUCUAACAGCUGGAUUUGAGGUCACUUAUUCCAAUUUUGGGCUAGGUGGCAUGGCGUCGGCAUUUCAAAUGAUGGAGAUCGCACACACUCACUAUUGGAGCAAAGAGCUUAAUGAAACUACCGACAUGUCUUCGAGUUUGCUAUCCAGUCAUGCGACAAGUCCCAUGGGAAGCCGUGAGAAUCUCCGUUCUCCAUCAAGUCCUAUGGAUUCGAACUCAGGUUUGGGCAGCGAAUGGGCAUCGCCGCAGGAAUCGCGUAAAAGUUCCUCACAAACUGAUCGUGCUGGGCACAUGGUUGGCACAGCAGCGACUUCGGCUGCAAAUAGGCGUAUGUCUUCGGCCGACAGUCAGGAUGGACAGUCGACUACGGAGAUGUUUAAGGAUAUGCUGGCGCAAAAGCGGACAGCACUUUUAAGCAAGCUUACCUCAUUUGACUCGGACGGUGCCGGCUCCACAGGUGCUCUGUCAGUUGUUAGUGAUCUCCUACCUGCUGGUAGCUUGAAUGUACGUAUGCCCGCUAGUUGUCGAUCAACGGUAUCCGAUACCGAAUACGAAAAUACUACAACGUCAAAGGACUCAAAACGUAGCUCCGGCAAUAUUUGGUCUGGAAAAUCAACGCUCAGCGCUGGAUUUAGGUAUACAGGCGGACAUUUGAUUAAUACGUCUUCCUCUCCAUCACCUGAUACUCCUAGAGUGUACCUUUUUGAAGGAUUGAUUGGACGGGAUCGUUCGAAUUUGUGGAACCAAAUGCAAUUCUGGGAGGAUGCCUUCUUGGAUGCAGUGAGCCAAGAACGCGACAUGAUCGGAAUGGAUCAGGGACCCAUCGAAAUGAUGGAGCGUUAUAAAGCACUUAGCGAAGAGGAACGUAAACGGUUAGAGCACGACGAAGAUCGACUACUCUCGACAAUGCUGUACAAUCUCACUGCCAUUUUGGUAAUGUUGGGCGUUAACAAAGAGGAAAUACGUCGUAAGAUCCGUCGUCUUUUGGGCAAAAGUCACAUUGGUUUGGUUUAUUCAACCGAAGUGCACAAUGUCGUAGACCAAAUAAAUAAUCUCAAUGGCAACGAUAUCGACUUAAAGCCGCUUGGGUCGAGACUUCUGCAUCACCAGAGUUUCACCGUACAUCCCGGUUCUGAUGCCAACGGCCCACUUCUAUUCAUGGAGGUGCGCGACGAUGGUCUAGUGGUACGCUCCGUUGAUGGCACAAUCGUAGAACGUUGGUUCUAUGAGCGCCUUGUAAACAUGACGUACUCCCCUAAAACUAAAGUACUCUGCCUCUGGCGUCGCAAUGGUGGACAAAUACAACUCAAUCGCUUCUAUACUCGCAAGUGCAGGGAACUGUACAACUGCAUUAAGGAGGCCAUGGAGCGCAGCGGCACACCGAAGAAUGUGCCAGAGUUGGGUGGUGAGUUCCCAGUGCAGGAUAUGAAUACCGGCGAGGGUGGCCUAUUGCAGGUGUGCUUGGAGGGAGUUGGUUUGUUAUUUUCUAACAGCAAGGAUUUCGAGUUUUUCGUGCGCCUAGACCACAUAAGAAAAUGUUUCACACAGAAAGGUGGCGUUUUCGUUUUGGAGGAGUAUAAUCCCAAAACACGGCAUCUCAUACAAAGGAAGUACAAAUCUAAGCUGGCUGAUCAAAUUUGCUAUGCUGUGCUGUGCGUUUUCUCGUAUGUCGCGGCUGGGCAAGAACAAAAGAAAAAUCCGGUUGUUAUCACACCACAAAUCCAGGACAUUCAUGCGCAACAAAAGCAACAACAUGCUCAACAGCAAAAGCAAUUACAACAACAACAACAUCAACAACAGCAGCAACAACCUCAUCCAAGUAGUAGCGGCGCCACUAGCCCUCGCUCUGGUCCACAAGUGGCCUCACUAAAGCAAACACCUCAAUCGGCUAACAUCAAAUCGCCAUCAACGACAACACAUUUGCCGCCACAACAAGGGAAUGGCAGAAAUACAACGAUUACCACACGCCACACUGUGCCGAUGCAUAAGCCAUCAGUUACAACGGCCACCGUACAGCCGCAAGCGAAAUUACCACACGUUUCGGUCGCUUCUCCAGCAACAAUCACCGCCACACCAAUCAUAGUAACAACGACAACAAGCAGCACCGUGCAUGAACAUCACCAACAAAUCAGCUAUCAACAAGUGCCAUCCACUUCACCUCUACAACAGCAACAAACACAGCCACCACACCAUGCGGCCUCACAUAGUCCAGUAAGUCGCACCAGCAGUAGCGGCAGCGCAACUGGUCCCUUACCCCAGUUACCACCACGCGUGCCCUCACAAACUUCCACCGAGAGUUUGCAUACUUCACCGCCUGUGGCCAAGUCUCGAGGUCCUCCAGCGGGUCCACCUCCCGCUAUACCACCAAGAACCGGUACCAUCGCACGCGCAGGCUCCUUGCAAGUACAAUCCUCAGUGGCCGCGACAUCCUCAGCAGCCAGUAGCGCGCUGUCGGGGGCGCGUAACUUUGUGCGGCAGAUAUCCGCUAGCUCGACGCCUCCACAAUACACUCCCCAAGCGCCACCGCCGUUCGUUAUACCUAAGCGCCGCACCUCUUUAUCGCGGGCCUCGUCAGUGCUGUGUACGGGAGCCGCUAUCAGCGGAAGCGGCAGCAGCCAGCGGCCAUCAUACGGUAGCAUAAAUAUGGGUGCUUCCCAACAGCAACAGCACUACUCUCAGCAACAGCAGCAGCAGUCCCCGAGCGCCGCUACUGGAAACAAACACUGACGAAGAAGUUCCUUCUUCCGAUUCAGCGGCGGCGGCGGAGCAACCGGUGGUGGUGGUCACUCAGGUGUCGAACCGCAACCGCGCGAAGUCUGUCGCACCAUCUGCAUUCCAUGGCUCUGAAAGAGUGAAGCGGAAGUCAAAACAGACAGAGGAAACAUUUCCAAUGGAAAACGUUGGUUGCUUAACUUCUAUACUACGUAGCUGAGCUUCACACGUAAGUAUUCUGUGGGAAAAGCGAAAAGUAGUAAAGUUUAUUUUAACUGAAAAUAUGGAAAAUUUGUAAGAUAUUAAUUUAAGCAUGCAAGUAUAAGAAAGCUUUGAACAUACAUAUGUGUUUUAUGAAAACUUAAUUUUAUUUAGAAAUU